AUGGAAAGUAAGAACUGUAUAGUGGAUUAUUUAAAAAAUAUUGAAUUCCACCAUAAGAAGAUUAGUGUCUGCUUUCCUGUCAGUAGAAAAGAGAAAUUAGAAGACAUUAUUUCAAGUGGUAAAGUUGAUAAAGCUUGGUUUAUACCGGGUCAUAUUUUUGUAUUGUAUAAUGAUAAACAACAACUGUCAACGUUUGAUUGUAAACCAGCUCACCUACAGCAAUAUGAAGAUACAGUAUUUUUAGACUUUGUGGAUAUUACCAGUCCUAUUGUUGAUAUAGUUACUGCUGAUAUUUAUCAUAAUGUUAUAUUUAUAAUUUUUAAAAAUGGAACUGUACAAUUAUGGCAAUAUACAGAUUCACAGACAUGGACAUCAAUAAUAGAACUGAAUAUAUUACAUACAGACCACAGUGAAAUUAUUAGUUUCUGUGUACAUGAUGAUCAUAGUGCCAUUUAUUGGUGUGAGAAACAUAAUACAACAGUCUCUAUUUGUAAGAGGACCUUGCCCUCUGAUUUGGAAGAGAAGUCAAUAGGAAAAGCAGAAGUAAUUUUAUCUAAUUGUCCAGUAUCUGAUAUUUUUAAUAUCAAAGAUUUUCUGGCUAUAGUUAUCAGACAGGACGUUAAUCAAGUACCUAUAAAGAUUAUAUGGAGACCCAGUUCAGAUCAUCUGAUAUUAUUUAUAGACGGUACCAAACACAAGAUUGACAGCUGCUGGACCAAUCAAACUAUAGAUUUUAAGAAAAUAUUGCUAAGGUGUAUUCCUGUUAUAUUGCAGUGGAAAUUACCAUUUACAAAAAACAUCACUAUUCAGGACUCUAUAACUAAAGAACUAUUAUCAAUAGGGAAUGAUGGGAAAUCACAAAUUGUAAAUGUUGACCUAGGUGAAAUAGGAAGAGUAAGCAUGACACCAUUAGAUUUACCAAAUGAUAUCAAUGUAAAUGAAGCAAACUGUUUUCUAUCAAAUGGUUUUUUAGGAGUAUGUGGUAAAUUUUCCGUCAAGAUAUACAGUUUACAUACUGGAAAGUUAUUACAAAAUAUGAGAUUUUUAGAACAUUCUGUUAUUAUUGGUCCAGUAAAAUGUAGUAAUCAAGUUUAUACAGGAGCAAUACUUACUCAGUCAGAUUUCUUCAUUAUACAGAAAACGACACAUGUUGAUCAGCUAGUUAGUGAAUUAUCAGAUAAUGUUACAUUUCAAACUGAUGCUUUAGAAUAUGCUAAAUACUCUCAGAUAAGAGAAGAAGAUGAAGAGAUUAGGAAGAAAUUAGAAAAUUUGAAAAUCAAAUGGUACAAAGAAAAAGAUGAAACACCAAAAUCACAACUAAUCCAAACAAUAGGACCAUUUAUUGAAGAAUUCUGGAGACUCGAAGAGUUGACUGGUAGUAAAAUGGCAAAAACUCAAAUAAAGGAUAUAGAAACAGAAAUUGAAGCUAUUUUAACAGAAAACGUAAACCAACCAUUGGCAUGGCAACAAUCAAAGUUAAUGAUAUUAUGUGAGAAAUUCCCAUCCAAUACCUUACAGAUGUUCCUUACUAAGUUAAAUUUUCAUCAAGAUUGUGUUAAUGAUGUUGAUAUGUUAAAAUGGAAGAAAGUUUUAGGAUUAGAUGUAACAGAUCCUGGCAGUCAGAAAUCCUUCAUUUUUAAUCAAAUAUGUAGAUUAAUAUAUAAAUUAUAUCCAGAAUAUUUGGUUAAGUUUGUAAACAUGGCACAACAAGUUAGUGAGAGGAAUAUUGGUGUUUCAGCUUUUGUUCGAAAAAGACAUUUGUUACAGUAUUAUCAGAAGGCUUUAGACUGUCUACCUGACCCAAUGACCUCUACACAACCUAAACUAGCAGUUCUAUCUACAUCUCAACUAUUGUUAGCAUCGGGAGAUAAGAAUUGCUUGAUUAAAGCAGUAAGAUAUUUAUUACAACAUGAAGAGUGGAAUGCAGUAUUUAAAUUAUUACAAGAUAAUCAGAUUGAAAUGAAGCAGAAAUCAAUGCUGUUAUAUUUACUGGUAACACAUUUAACUCAGAAAGGGAAUUUAUCAGAAUAUAAGAAAGAUCUCUCUCACCUUAUUCCUAAUAAGGACAGUUGUAUAAACAUUAAAGACAUUUUUGAAGAGUCUGAAAACACAAAUCUACCAACUAAGAGUCCAGAGCAACCAGCCAUAUCUUCUAUACAGCCUUUAUUAAAGGAUUUAUUUCUGGAAGAACAAUAAUCAAAACUAAUAUUUCUGUGAUAACUAUGGCCUCGGGAAUGAGACACAUGUAUAGAAAUAUGAAAAUGUCAUAAUUAAAAAAACUUCCAAACAUUGUGCAAUAUUUAAACCAUUUCUACAUUUGUUAUGUUUUGUAUUUAGUAAAGAUAGAUUUU